CGCCCAAGCCACUGAGCCACUUUUUCUUUUUCUUUUCAUUACUUCCAUUUUUCUUUAGAUGAGAUCUGUGCCUAUUCUCGUUUUGAUUCCAUUCAUUCUCUCUAUUCAUUUCUCCUAGAAUUACCCAACUCCUUCGCUCCAUCUCUCUCUCUCGUGGAGGGUUCAAGGUUUUCUUCGCUGCUUCAGAUCUUGCAGCGGCUCGAAUCCUCAACGACAUUGGAGCGCUCUCACCUCUCAAUUCUCGAUUCAAUCGCAUCUCCGCAUCGGAUUUCGGUUCUGAAUCGUCGAUCUAGCCGCCAUGGCUGCCGCAAACGCCCCUAUCACCAUGAAGGAGGUUCUGACGUUGCCGAGUUUGGGAAUUAGUCCUCAGUUUAUAACGUUUACGCAUGUCACGAUGGAAUCUGAUAAGUAUCUAUGCGUUCGGGAGACGGCUCCACAGAACAGUGUUGUAAUCAUUGAUAUGAAUAUGCCAAUGCAGCCUUUGAGAAGGCCGAUCACUGCGGACUCGGCGCUAAUGAAUCCCAAUACCAGAAUUCUUGCAUUGAAAGCUCAACUUCCGGGAACCACCCAGGAUCACUUGCAAAUAUUUAAUAUUGAGAUGAAAGCCAAAAUGAAAUCACAUCAAAUGCCUGAGCAGAUUGUUUUCUGGAAGUGGAUUACCCCAAAGAUGCUGGGCCUGGUCACGCAGACCUCAGUAUAUCAUUGGUCAAUCGAAGGUGAUUCUGAACCUGUAAAAAUGUUUGAGAGGACUGCUAAUCUGGUAAACAAUCAGAUAAUUAACUAUCGAUGUGAUCCAUCUGAAAAGUGGUUGGUUUUGAUUGGAAUUGCUCCGGGUUCACCUGAGAGGCCACAGCUUGUCAAAGGGAAUAUGCAGCUUUUCUCUGUUGAACAGCAUCGUAGUCAAGCUCUUGAAGCUCAUGCUGCAUCAUUCGCCACGUUUAAAGUUCCAGGGAAUGAUCAACCUUGUACACUCAUUGGUUUUGCCACAAAGUCCUUUAAUGCUGGACAGAUUGUCUCAAAGCUACAUGUCAUUGAACUUGGAUCCAACCCAGGGAAACCAGGAUUUACAAAGAAACAGGCUGAUCUUUUCUUUCCUCCAGAUUUUGCUGAUGAUUUUCCAGUUGCAAUGCAGAUAUCACACAAAUAUGGCUUGAUAUAUGUGAUUACCAAGCUUGGAUUGCUGUUUGUGUAUGACCUGGAGUCGGCUUCUGCAGUAUACAGAAACAGGAUUAGUCCAGAUCCAAUAUUUUUGACUGCUGAAGCUACAUCUAUUGGAGGUUUUUAUGCCAUCAAUAGGCGAGGGCAGGUGUUACUUGCUACUGUAAAUGAGGCAGCAAUUGUGCCUUUCGUCAGUAGCCAAUUGAACAACUUGGAGCUAGCAGUCAAUCUCGCAAAAAGGGGAAAUCUCCCUGGUGCAGAGAACUUGGUUGUCCAGCGUUUCCAAGAAUUGUUUGCUCAGACAAAGUAUAAGGAGGCUGCUGAGCUUGCUGCUGAAUCUCCACAAGGAAUUCUCCGUACACCAGACACAGUUGCCAAAUUUCAGAGUGUUCCUAUGCAAUCUGGGCAGACUCCACCUUUGCUACAGUACUUUGGAACACUUCUAACUAGAGGAAAGCUCAAUGCAUUUGAGUCAUUGGAAUUAUCACGCCUGGUUGUGAAUCAGAACAAGAAGAAUCUUUUGGAGAAUUGGUUAGCAGAGGACAAGCUGGAGUGCAGUGAGGAACUUGGGGAUCUAGUGAAGACUGUGGAUACUGACCUUGCACUCAAAAUAUAUAUUAAAGCAAGAGCAACUCCGAAAGUUGUUGCAGCCUUUGCUGAGCGUCGGGAGUUUGACAAAAUUCUGAUAUACUCAAAGCAGGUUGGGUAUACUCCUGAUUAUUUGUUCCUUCUGCAAACCAUUCUUCGAUCAGAUCCUCAGGGAGCUGUAAAUUUUGCGUUAAUGAUGUCUCAAAUGGAGGGAGGUUGUCCCAUUGAUUUUAAUACGAUAACUGAUCUCUUUCUUCAGAGGAACUUGAUACGUGAAGCAACAGCAUUUUUGUUAGAUGUUUUGAAGCCAAAUUUACCUGAGCAUGGUUUCCUGCAAACAAAGGUCCUGGAAAUCAAUCUGGUAACUUACCCAAAUGUUGCAGAUGCUAUAUUAGCAAAUGGGAUGUUUAGCCAUUAUGAUCGUCCACGGAUUGCCCAGCUUUGUGAAAAAGCUGGUCUUUAUGUGCGAGCCCUUCAGCAUUAUACUGAGUUGCCAGAUAUAAAACGCGUCAUUGUGAAUACACAUGCAAUUGAGCCACAGGCACUUGUAGAGUUCUUUGGUACGCUUUCACGAGAAUGGGCUUUGGAGUGCAUGAAGGACCUUCUUCUGGUCAAUCUAAGAGGCAACCUUCAGAUAAUUGUUCAGACUGCCAAAGAAUAUUCUGAGCAAUUGGGUGUUGAUCAAUGCGUAAAACUCUUUGAGCAAUUUAAAUCAUACGAAGGAUUGUACUUUUUUCUGGGUUCCUAUUUGAGCUCAAGUGAGGAUCCUGACAUUCACUUCAAGUAUAUUGAAGCUGCUGCUAAAACUGGACAAAUUAAAGAGGUUGAGCGUGUGACUCGAGAAUCAAACUUCUAUGAUGCUGAAAAAACAAAGAACUUCCUAAUGGAAGCCAAGCUUCCAGAUGCACGGCCGCUGAUUAAUGUGUGUGACCGUUUUGGUUUUGUCCCAGAUCUCACACAUUACCUAUACACGAACAACAUGCUUCGAUAUAUUGAAGGUUAUGUUCAAAAGGUGAACCCUAGUAAUGCACCUUUAGUUGUGGGGCAGCUGCUAGAUGAUGAAUGUCCAGAAGAUUUCAUUAAAGGUCUAAUUCUUUCUGUCCGGUCGCUGCUUCCUGUUGAGCCCCUUGUGGAUGAAUGUGAGAAGAGAAAUCGACUCCGUUUACUCACUCAGUUCUUGGAGCAUCUUGUGAGUGAGGGAAGCCAAGAUGUGCAUGUCCAUAAUGCUCUGGGUAAAAUCAUUAUAGACAGCAACAAUAAUCCAGAGCACUUCCUCACUACCAACCCAUACUAUGAUUCUCGUGUUGUGGGUAAAUAUUGUGAAAAGCGUGAUCCCACCCUCGCAGUUGUUGCUUACCGGAGAGGACAAUGUGACGAAGAACUUAUAAAUGUCACAAAUAAGAACUCUUUGUUCAAACUGCAAGCCAGAUAUGUAGUUGAAAGGAUGGAUUCUGAUCUCUGGGAGAAAGUUCUUGACCCUGAUAAUGAUUAUAGAAGACAGCUCAUUGAUCAAGUAGUAUCUACUGCUUUGCCAGAAAGCAAGAGUCCAGAACAAGUUUCUGCGGCUGUUAAGGCUUUCAUGACAGCUGAUCUACCCCACGAGCUAAUUGAGCUACUUGAAAAGAUUGUGCUUCAAAACUCUGCAUUCAGUGGGAACUUUAACCUGCAGAACCUUCUUAUCUUGACAGCCAUUAAAGCAGAUCCAUCUAGAGUGAUGGAUUACAUUAACAGGCUGGAUAACUUUGAUGGUCCUGCCGUUGGUGAAGUUGCAGUGGAAGCCCAACUGUUUGAAGAAGCAUUUGCAAUUUUCAAGAAGUUCAACUUGAAUGUCCAAGCUGUCAAUGUGUUACUGGAUAAUAUCCAAAGCAUUGAGCGUGCUGUGGAGUUUGCAUUCCGUGUUGAAGAAGAUGCUGUUUGGAGCCAGGUGGCCAAGGCUCAACUAAGGGAGGGGUUGGUUAGUGAUGCAAUUGAGUCAUUUAUUCGUGCAGAUGAUGCCACCCAGUUCCUAGAUGUUAUUCGUGCUGCUGAAGAUGCAAAUGUUUACCAUGACUUAGUGAGGUACCUUUUGAUGGUUAGACAGAAGGCAAAAGAGCCCAAAGUGGACAGUGAGCUCAUUUAUGCUUAUGCGAAGAUUGAUCGGCUGGGUGAAAUUGAAGAAUUCAUUCUCAUGCCAAAUGUUGCUAAUCUCCAAAAUGUUGGUGAUCGGUUGUAUGAUGAAGCCCUAUACGAGGCUGCAAAAAUAAUAUUUGCUUUUAUUUCUAACUGGGCCAAGUUGGCCUGCACACUUGUGAAGUUGAGACAGUUCCAAGGUGCUGUUGAUGCAGCACGGAAGGCUAACAGCUCAAAGACAUGGAAGGAGGUUUGCUUUGCUUGUGUUGACGCAGAAGAGUUCCGCUUAGCUCAGAUAUGUGGUCUCAACAUUAUUAUACAGGUCGAUGAUUUGGAAGAGGUCAGCGAUUAUUACCAGAAUAGAGGAUGCUUCAAUGAGCUAAUAUCACUCAUGGAGAGUGGUCUGGGCUUGGAGCGUGCACAUAUGGGCAUUUUUACUGAGUUGGGUGUCCUGUAUGCUCGAUAUCGUCCUGAGAAGCUUAUGGAACACAUCAAACUGUUUUCAACCCGUCUCAACAUUCCCAAGCUUAUACGGGCUUGUGAUGAACAGCAGCACUGGAAGGAACUCACUUACUUGUAUAUCCAAUAUGAUGAGUUUGACAAUGCUGCAACCACUAUAAUGAACCAUUCUCCUGAUGCAUGGGACCACAUGCAGUUUAAAGAUGUUGCAGUCAAAGUUGCUAAUGUGGAGCUCUAUUACAAGGCCGUGCACUUUUACUUGCAAGAGCAUCCUGAUCUCAUUAAUGAUCUUCUAAAUGUGCUUGCACUCCGAGUAGACCAUACUCGCGUGGUUGACAUAAUGCGGAAGGCAGGUCACCUUCAUCUUGUGAAGCCAUAUAUGGUUGCAGUUCAGAGCAACAAUGUUUCUGCUGUGAAUGAGGCUUUGAAUGGGAUUUAUGUUGAGGAGGAAGACUAUGACAGACUUCGUGAAUCAAUUGAUAUGCAUGAUAACUUUGAUCAGAUUGGCCUUGCACAGAAGAUUGAGAAACACGAGCUUCUUGAGAUGAGACGUGUUGCUGCUUAUAUAUACAAGAAAGCAGGCAGAUGGAAGCAAUCAAUUGCAUUGUCUAAGAAAGACAACCUGUACAAAGACGCGAUGGAGACUGCCUCGCAAUCUGGUGACCGUGAACUUGCAGAGGAGUUGCUUGUUUAUUUCAUUGAGAAGGGAAAGAAAGAAUGCUUUGCAUCUUGCCUCUUUGUGUGCUACGACUUAAUUCGUCCAGACAUUGCUCUUGAACUUGCCUGGAUUAACAAUAUGGUUGACUUUGCCUUGCCAUAUCUGUUGCAGUUUAUCCGUGAGUACGCAGGCAAAGUUGAUGAACUUGUUAAGGACAGGCUGGAAGCUCUUAAUGAAGUUAAGGCUAAAGAGAAGGAAGAGAAGGAUGUAAUCGCCCAGCAGAAUAUGUAUGCUCAGUUGCUGCCCCUUGCUUUGCCUGCACCUCCGAUGCCCGGCAUGGGAGGAGCUGGGAUGGCAGGAGGUUUUGUUCCACCUCCCAUGGGUAGUAUGGGAAUGCCUCCAAUGCCUCCUUUUGGAAUGCCGCCAAUGGGCACUUAUUAAUCUGCUGGUGACUGUUGAAAUCAGAAUUAGUGGUGGAUAUUGAUUGCUUGAGGAGGAAAGCGAACUAGCAGUUUGGAGUUCCAUUUUGUGUUGGUGGGAUUUUUGCGCUUCCACUUCUCUCUCUUUAUUAUUAUUUUUUUUAUAAUGUGGCAAGUGAAGGUCUAGUCCAAAAUAAUGUCAAUUUUCUCUGGUGUUUUGUCAUAAGGUGUGGAUAUAUUUCUUUGUAAUAUUCUUUUGGUAGCGGGAGGCAAUUUUUUUUUUGCUGCUGGCAGAGGGCAAGCUGAGGAUUUUCUGUACUUAUUUCUUGCGGUCCAGGACAUAUAGCCAAGCAUAAUACAAGGACCCUUCAUACAGAUUAUCAAGUGUUCACUUGAUCUGUCCCGGACUGUUAUUUCCAAUUUGUUGGUUAUUACCAUCUCUGGUUUAUAUCCUUUUGUUUUGACAUCCUAGAAUUAAGCAUCUUGUGUUCCCUGGUCACACAUUUGAGUUGUCUCUCAAUAUUUGGUUGUUGUUCAUACAUAUUUAGUGUGAAUUUGUUUAUGCUAGUUUCAUUUUUUGGAUCAGAA